UAUAGAAGGAGGGAGAGGGGAGGGAAAGGAAUUUCUAGAUAGGCGCAGGGAACAAAGGAAAAGACAGAAAGUGCAACGUCACAGUAGGUUGUAGGGGUUUCUUUUUAUCAGAUGAGAGGAAACAAAUAGAUCUGCCUUCAGUACUCGAGCUAUUCAUCAGCCUCAGCCUUUCUUUCUUUCCAAAAAUUGUUCGAGGGUUCUCCACUCAACAGUAGACUGAGAUGAUUAAAGGGCUUCCAAUUCAGCAGCACCAGCUGGUGGAGGAGAACAUGUCCAAUCUAACUUCAGCCUCUGGGGAAGCCAGCGUCACUUCCAACCAGCAAUCCUCCUUUGCCUCCCCAAACCCAGCUCCAGUGAAGAAAAAGAGGAACCUCCCGGGAAACCCAGACCCAGAUGCUGAGGUGAUAGCACUGUCCCCCAAGACCCUGAUGGCUACCAACAGGUUUGUGUGUGAGAUCUGCAACAAGGGGUUUCAGAGGGAUCAGAACCUGCAGCUCCACAGGAGGGGCCACAACCUCCCAUGGAAACUGAAGCAGAGAAGCAGCAAGGAGGUGAAGAAGAAGGUGUACAUCUGCCCGGAGGUGACAUGCGUGCACCAUGAUCCCUCUAGGGCUCUUGGGGACCUUACUGGAAUCAAGAAACACUUCAGCAGGAAACAUGGGGAGAAGAAGUGGAAGUGUGACAAGUGCUCCAAGAAGUAUGCUGUUCAAUCUGAUUGGAAGGCCCACUCCAAGAUCUGUGGCACAAGGGAAUACAGAUGUGACUGUGGUACUCUCUUCUCAAGGAGGGAUAGCUUUAUCACCCACAGAGCCUUCUGUGAUGCAUUGGCAGAAGAGAGUGCAAGGGCCAUAGCAGCAAACCCUCUGGCUAACCACACCUCGCUGCUAUUCUCUCAGCCCACAUCAUCCCGUGACCCCUCUCCACUUCCACACGCUGCCCUCCAAACCCAGUUCCCUCACCUGAUGAGACCCACAGAGGCCAACACCAACAUCACAGGCAGCCAUGGGUUACAAGAGCUGUCACUGAAAAGAGAGCAAUACUUCAGCAUGAGACCAGAUAUCCCACCAUGGCUGGCUUGCCAGGGCCCCACUUCUCUGAACCAACUAGACUUCCAUUCCUCUAUCUACUCCACUCUCUCCACAAGACUAGAACAGCAGUAUUCUCAUGAAAACCCAGCUGGCCCUCCUCCACCUCUCCCCCCUCCUUACCAAGGGCCCUCAAGUGCUGCCUCGUCUCACAUGUCAGCCACUGCGUUGCUGCAAAAGGCAGCCCAGAUGGGUGCAACCGUGAGCAGACCUCCACUCCAUGAUCAAAUGGCAACUCACACGGCCAAUGCUACUGUUGGCAAUACCACCACUGGCUUUGGCCUUGGCUUGUCCUCGCACCAAGAGAUGGCUGGAGGUGGUGCUGGUGGUUUUGGACAUGGAUCAGCACCUCCUCUUCUCCAAGACAUGAUGAUGAAUUCCCUCCCUACGGCUCCUUGCUUUGGUGGGUCCUUCGAGGAGGCCUUCGGGGGGAUGCUUGGAGCCAAAAGGGAAGAGAACAGCAAAGUGGAAAGCAUCGCAAGAAGUCAUGGAAGGAAUGAGGAAGGAGGAAGUGGUGGUGCUGGUGGUGGUGGAAAUGAUGGGUUGACUAGAGACUUCUUGGGCCUGAGAGCAUUUUCCCACAGGGAUUUCAUAAACAUGGCUGGGCUCAACUCUUGCAUGAGUUCUUCCUCAUAUGAGCAGCCCCAACAAAAUAAGCAGCCAUGGCAUGGUUAGUUACUCCAAGGAAAGUGGUAUGAAUAGGCUCCAAAUUUCAGAAUUUUGAAGGAAAAAAGAAAAAGAAAAAAAAAAAAGCAAUGGUAACUAUUCUUUAUCUAGUUCUUAUCUUUUCUCUUUCAAAACCAAGGGAGGAAAGCUUGUCCCGCAUCUCUAUUUUUGCUGUUGAAUUCACUCAUAAGUGAGGUUGCUAUGGCACUCUAGAUUUGUUGUUGAAUGAAUGUUCUUAUUAUCUUCGUUCUUGUAAUAAUCCUUUUGACGUGCUCCCCUAUCAUAAAGGUAGAUCCUCCUUGUAAUCAGUAUGGAAUAAUGGAAAUUUUUAACUCGAACUGAAAUAGAGUUGACAA